CAGAGCGGGGCCAAAGUUUGACAGGAGCUCGAGCGGCGAAGGCGGCUGGGACCGGCAAAGCAUUUACCUCAGCAAAAAGACCGAUAACCAGAGAAAAGAAAAUUUAAUCAUUAUCAACCCGCUCCACCCCCCCCCCCACAAAAAAAACUAUCUUGAGGAUUUUUUUUAUUUUAAAAUUUCCUGAGGGGGGUCGUUGCCAGGGGAAACCAUGUCUCGCAAAGCCGAGGAUAUCAACAGGCUCACGGAGAGCACCUAUAAGACUGUAAUGGAACAAUUUAAUCCAGGAUUACGGAAUCUCGUAAAUUUGGGCAAAAAUUAUGAAAAAGCUGUUAGUGCUAUGGUGGCUGCAGGCAAGACAUACUUUGAUGGCAUUUCAAAAUUAGGAGAGCUGAGUUCUCAGUCACCAGUCUCCAAAGAGCUAGGACAAGUCCUAAUGGAGAUUUCCGAAGUACACAAGAAAAUCAACAUAGAUAUGGAAGAUAAUUUUAGGAAAUUUCACAAAGAUAUCAUAAGUGAAUUGGAGAAAAAAACUGAUCAAGAUGUGAAAUACAUGAAUGCAACUCUUAAAAAGUACCAAACAGAACAUAGAACUAAAUUGGAUUCCCUUGAGAAGUCUCAAGCAGAACUCAAAAAACUUAGAAGAAAAAGUCAAGGAACAAAAAAUGCAUACAAAUAUGAAAAUAAAGAAAUGGAGUUUUUAGCAACCAUCAGCACAAGGGAAAAUGAAAUUCAGAGAUUCAUUACUGAAGGUUGCAAAGAGGCCCUACUUGAAGAAAAGAGACGGUUCUGCUUCCUAGUGGACAAACAUUGCAGCUUUUCCCAAGACCUGAGCAACUACCAUGAAAAGGUCAAUGGAAUGCUUAGUGCCAAACUAAACAGAUGGAAGGAGAAAUGUUUCGAUGCCACAAAGGUGCCAGAAUUUUUGGGUGAAGAUGACAGUCCCCCAUCAUAUAUAUCCAGAACUCCUCAACCUUCUCCAUUGAUGGGACGAUACACUGUACAUGACCCUGCAUUACAGAAUAAUUUAAAAAUACCACCAGCUCCUCCUGGGAGAGUUCAGAAAAGUCCUCUGCCAGAUAUGUUCAACAACCCAACUACUCAACGCAUGACCUCCGUUGAGAGAAGCACUGAUGUGUUAGAGGACAUCAAUCUAAUGAGAUCCAUUUCUGUUGCAACUGGAUUGAACAUGGUUCAGAGGCCAAAGGUGAAAAGCAUUUUUCCCCACACAGCAGGAAAUAACAAGAAUAUGUUAAGCUUCGCCGAAGGUGAUGUGCUAACACUUCUUAUACCAGAGGAAAAAGAUGGCUGGCUGUACGGAGAACAUGACAUGAACAAAUUGAGAGGUUGGUUUCCAACCUCCUACACCAGGCCAUUGGAACAAGGUCCAGAUAUGUCGUCUACACCCAGCACAGCUCCAGUGCGGAGUAUGAGCAUUCUGAAUCUUGCAGAGAGGUCAAAUGUUGUCCUCCCUCCUCCAGAUUACAUCUCAGAUCCAGUUAAACAUCACAACAAGGAAGUAUCAUUCCACUCUUACAGCAGUGCCCCAAGCAGAGGAAUCAUACCCCAACCAGACAAUACAAGUUCAAGUUCAGAGGCGAAUGGCAUCAUGAAACCACCUUUCCUCAGCGGAGGAAAUCCUUUUGCCACAGUAAAGCUCCGACCGACAAUAACAAAUGACAGAUCAGCACCAGUUAUUUAACAUACAAGUUAUAAAUGUAGCCUUUUUUUCAGUCAUGAAAUUGAAACCAACAGAUGCCAUUCUAAAUUAAUGUAUGUAAGCAAUCAUGCCUUCUGUACAAACUGCUAUCUCUACAGUUUAUUAUCCAAUUAAUGUAAGUUAUUUAUGCUAUUGUCCAAAUUAAUCACUGCAAAGAUGCUCUUAUACAGAUGAUGGUGGGACAAAAGAUCUUACUGGUGAAAGAGAACAGCAUUUACAGCGGAUCUUGUUGCUGUUCUUUUAUGGGGUGAGGGGAAAAACUUUUGCUAGGACAAGUUCAGUUUGAAAAUGCUGUUGCCUUCCAAAAUCCUGAUGCACUAGGCAUUAUGUACCAGAAUGUUAACUAUAGUUUAAGCAGAAAUGUAUUUACUUUGAUGUUUUAAUAUUUAGCCAAAACAAUUGUUUUGGGGAGAAAAAACUAACAUAUUGCUCAUUGUUUCACUGGAUAUGGGAGGUAUGACAAGAGGUUGCUUGUUUAUAAAGGCUGUGACUGAUCUUGCAGAAACAAGCCUCAUGCUCAUUGGCAUGUGCUUUUUGAAACUAGUGAUAGGCUAGAACAUAUUUUGUUUUGAUGUUAACAAUGGAAGCCAUAGACAUAGAUGUCAACUGAUUGUACCCAUUCAGUUCUUCUCUCAGGGAUGAAUAUGUGUGUGUAUUUUUAAAAAGAAAAACUUUAUUUCAUAAACUUUGUACCCUCCAUAAACCCUUUUUCUAAGCCCUUCCUCCCAAACCUUUUAUUUAUACCUAACUGGAAUCAUUUUAAAAUUGGGAGCUUCAUUAACUCAUUUUCACUCAAAAUCUAAAAUUCAGAAGAUCUCUCACUCUUUUUCUCCUCCCAUUUAAAUUUAAGCAGUUAUGAAUAUGCAAGUACAAAAUUAUAACAAAAUAUUGGCAGAUUCAUCAGCACCUGUAAAGAGAUAAAGGACAGUGUUAAUGUUUGGGUGUGGUCAGUUUUGACUGAGAUUAACAUUUUGGAUAUAGAACUGUCAAUGAUUUCCCCCCCACCCCCACAUACCAUUUGAAACAGUAACCUGUGCUUUUCUGUUUACUGGUGCUGAUGGGCCUGUUGUGUAUUUCCAACAUUUUCUGUUCCAUUUCUGAUUUUCUUUCAAAUGCUGCAUACAUGCAUGCACACCCUGUAGUUGUAGCCCAACCAAAUUGAGUUUUUCCCUAAAACCAAAAUCUUGAUAGAAAUCAUUCGUGGUGCAUUUUAAAUAUAUAAACCAAAGAGUUAAUAAUUGGAAGAAAAGUCAUAUUUAACAGGUUAAUACUGUAGACUUAUUUUUAUUUCAAGAAAGUGCCAUUGAGAUGAUCUCUUAAAGCAAUGUUUCUGUUUGCAUGUGUUUUGCGUUCUUAAUUCAUACACAUAAAAUCCAUGUAACGAAUUACAAGAUUCUAAUAAGGAAGUCUGAUCAUUGCCUGUAACCAGAAGUAAAGAAACAGCACUUCAAUCCACUGCAGCACUUCAGAGAUUAACCAAUUACUGUGAAUUUGCAUAUUAAACUAUAUUCCCUGUAAUUUUGCUGGAGUUUAUGCACUCAGUUUGAAAGUGUGGUGGUUAUGUGCAUCUCUGCAUGGACUAGAAGUAUUGGAAGUCAAUUUUGUAGAUAUUUGCCACUUCCAUUUCUGUCAAUCAUGGAAAUGUUUUGCCUUAAUGGUUACAGUAGGUAUGCUAGCUAAAAUAUAACAGGUUGCUACAGGUGGCAAUAUUACCAUCAUCCUCAGAGGUGCAGAGAAAAUGGGGCAAAGAACACAAUCAAAACUGUGUUCAAACCAAAUGCAACUACUGUAAAAUAUGGAGCAAUUGAAAUAGAAUGUGUCUUCUAAUGAUUUCAAAGUGUGUCUUUAGCCAGUGACUUACUAAGGAUGGGAAAUGUAUAGGUGGAAAGGUGAGAUAUAUAUCUGUAAACUCAGUUUUAAGAUGCACAAUGAACUUUGCAAGGUUGCAUCUUAGAUCACCAAUAAAUAAAGAAAAACUGCAU